UGGAAGAGCUCAUUCUGAAGAGAGGGGUCCCGGGCAGUGGCUUCUAAGGUCCCGAGGCGCCGCCGUCCCGCCCGCGGGGCCCUGCCCAGACUUGCUGGCAGAAACAAGUCGCGUGCCGCAGUUAGCCGUCCCCGUCACAGGAAGCAACGCCUUGGCCGUGCGUUUCAUUGCUUCUGGGCUGAGCGAGUUCCCCGCCGCGGCACUCAGUGGUGCGGACUUUGCUCCUGCUACCCUGUUGCUGAGCCGAGUCGGGUCGGGAAAGUUUCAGGAGUUGUCAGUCGCGCUGCCCGCGGCCACCUAGUGCGGAGGGGCUGACGCCUCCGAGGGCCCCGCGGACUGGCGGGGGGCCGCCUGGGCAUGCAGCGCGGGGGCGCGGCUCCGUGACGCCAAGGCCCGGGACCCUACACCUCGGACGGUUGCGCACUGGUGCUGGGCGAGGGCGCAGCGGCCACCGGGACGCACGGCCAGCGCGCGGGACGCGACCAUGGAGGAAGACGCGGGAGCGGCUGGCCCUGCGCCGGAGCCCGAGCCCGAGCCGGAGCCCGAUCCAGAGCCUGAGCAGGAGCCGGAGCCCGAACAGGAGCCGGAGCUGGAGCGAGAGCCAGCGCUGGACGCCGGCACGUCUGAGGCGUUCUCCCGACUCUGGACCGACGUGAUGGGCAUCCUGGAUGGGUCACUGGGAAAUAUCGACGACCUGGCCCAGCAGUAUGCAGACUAUUACAAUACCUGCUUCUCAGACGUGUGCGAGAGGAUGGAGGAGCUGCGGAAACGACGGGUUUCCCAGGACCUGGAUGUGGAGAAACCCGACGCCAGCCCCACAUCACUUCAGCUGCGGUCCCAGAUCGAAGAGUCGCUGGGUUUCUGUAGCGCCGUGUCAACACCAGAAGUGGAGAGAAAGCACCCUCUUCAUAAAUCAAACUCAGAAGACGGCUCUGUAGGAAAAGGAGAUUGGAAGAAGAAGAAUAAGUAUUUCUGGCAGAACUUCCGAAAGAACCAGAAAGGAAUAAUGAGACAGACUUCAAAAGGAGAAGAUGUUGGUUAUGUCGCCAGUGAGAUAACGAUGAGUGACGAGGAGCGGAUUCAGCUGAUGAUGAUGGUCAAAGAAAAGAUGAUCACCAUCGAAGAAGCCCUCGCCAGGCUCAAGGAGUACGAGGCCCAGCACCGGCAGUCAGCGUCCUUGGACCCCACCGACUGGCCAGACGGCUCCUACCCGACGUUUGAUGGGUCCUCCACCUGCAACUCAAGAGAACAAUCGGAUGAUGAGACCGAGGAGUCGGUGAAGUUUAAGAGGUUACACAAGCUGGUCAACUCCACUCGAAGAGUCAGAAAGAAACUAAUCAGGGUGGAAGAUAUGAAAAAGCCCAGCACUGAAGGUGGGGAGGAGCAUGCGCUGGAGAGCUCCCCGGGCCUGGAUGAAAGGUCCGCCCUGUACUCUGGAGUGCACAAGAAGCCUUUUUUCUUCGAUGGCUCUCCGGAGAAGCCUCCUGAAGAUGACUCGGACUCGAUCACCACGUCCCCGUCGUCCAGCAGCCUGGACACCUGGGGAGCUGGCCGGAAGCUGGUCAAAACCUUCAGCAAAGGAGAGGGUCGGGGCCUGAUUAAGCCCCCCAAGAAGAUGGGGACGUUCUUCUCCUAUCCCGAGGAAGAAAAAGCCCAGAAAGUGUCGCGCUCCCUCACCGAGGGGGAGAUGAAGAAGGGCCUGGGGUCCCUGAGCCACGGGGUAAGUACGGACGGUGUUUUCUUCUAUGACAGCCACCGCCGCCGCCACCACUUCCUGGUGUCCCUAGAGGAGGUUCAGAGUGUCCGCAGGCAGAUCCGCUUGAAGAAGACGGAUACUAAUUAUUCCUGUUCCAGAGCUUUUCUCUGCCAGCGUCCCUCCCGACGAGGCGUGAACGGCACCACCUGCGACCUGCAGCUGCCGCGGCCCAAGCCCAAAGCGGGCGGCGGCUGCGGCUUCCCCGGCAGAAGGGUGCGCGCGCGCGCCUCGGUCAGCGAGUUCAAUGUCACCUACGUGGUGGAGCGGAGCCUGUACAGCCACCUGAACCUGACCCAGCUAGUGCGGCCCGCCUCAGACAGGACCCUGAGCAAGGCCGAGAAGCAGGACCUGAGGCGGUGCUUGCUGGAGGAGGAGGAGGAGGCCAAGCGCAAGUGGGCAGCCACAGUGGACCGCUGUACUAAGAGGGUUCUCUUGAGAAUCCACCAGAAGUCUAGAACCUGCAGUUUUGGAGGAUUUGACCUGACAAAUCGUUCUCUGCACGUGGGCAGUAACGCCACUGAUCCCGUGGGUAAAGAAGGAGACUUUGUGUACAAGGAAGUCAUCAAAUCGCCCACUGCCUCCCGCAUCUCUCUUGGGAAAAAAGUGAAAUCAGUGAAAGAAACAAUGAGGAAGAGAAUGUCUAAAAAAUACAGCAGCUCCGUCUCUGAGCAGGACUCAGGCCUCGAUGGCCCACCCAGCUCCCCUGCUUCUGUACAGCCAGACUCUGAGCACAUGGACAAACCCAAGCUCAAAGCCGGAGGAUCUGUAGAAAGUCUUCGGAGUUCUCUAAGUGGGCAGAGCUCCAUGAGUGGCCAAACAGUCAGCACCACCGAUUCCUCCACCAGCAACAGGGAGAGCGUCAAGUCGGAAGAUGGGGAUGAUGAGGAGCCACCCUACCGGGGCCCCUUCUGUGGGCGCGCCCGGGUGCACACUGACUUCACCCCCAGUCCCUAUGACACAGAUUCACUCAAGCUCAAGAAGGGGGAUAUCAUUGAUAUCAUCAGCAAGCCACCCAUGGGUACCUGGAUGGGCCUGUUGAACAACAAAGUCGGCACAUUCAAGUUCAUCUACGUGGAUGUUCUCAAUGAGGAAGAGGAAAAGCCCAAGCGCCCCACCAGGAGGAGGAGAAAAGGCAGACCGCCCCAGCCCAAGUCGGUGGAGGAUCUGCUGGACCGGAUCAACCUAAAGGAGCACAUGCCCACUUUCCUGUUCAAUGGCUAUGAAGAUUUGGAUACCUUCAAGCUCCUAGAGGAAGAAGACUUGGAUGAAUUAAAUAUCAGGGACCCAGAACACAGAGCUGUCCUCUUGACAGCCGUGGAACUAUUGCAGGAAUAUGACAGUAACAGUGACCAGUCGGGGUCCCAGGAGAAGCUGCUUAUGGACAGCCAGGGCCUGAGUGGAUGCUCCCCGCGAGACUCGGGCUGCUACGAGAGCAGCGAGAAUCUGGAACAUGGCAAGACUCAGAAAACUGGCCUCUUAUCUGCCAAGUCGUCCACCGAGGCCAGCCUGAAGUCUUUCAACAGAAAUCAGCUGGGCAACUACCCGACGUUGCCUUUAAUGAAGUCGGUGGACGCGGCGAAGCAGGGAGAGGAGGGCAGGCUGGGCUGCGGUCUCACCCCCGAUGCUUCCAAGCACUGUGACCCGCCCUCAGUAACUAGUUUGACCAAGAACCGGAGAAGCCUCCCAGUGUCCAUCUGUCGGAGCUGUGAGACCCUGGAGGACCCCCAGACAGUGGGAACCUGGCCUCGAUCCCAUUCCCUGGAUGACCUUCAAGGAGAGCCUGAUGCUGAAAAAGAUGUGCCUACUGAGGUGACAGAACCCUCCCCUCAGAUUGUACCCCAAGUGCCACAAAAGACAACCGCCUCGACCGCCAAGGUCCAGGCCCCUGGGCGAGAUGCCACUGCCGACCAUGCAUUGCUACUGACCCAAAGCAAGAGAUUUUCUGAACCCCAGAAAAUGACCACCAGGAAACCCGAUGUCCCCAUGGCAACCACCGACCGAGGCGUAUCACCUCCUCAGUGUCUGCCCAGAAACUCUGAGACUCGGCUUCCUGGAGCCAAACACAGUUUAACAAGGACGUCUCUCGAGGCUCACAGAAAAGGACAUGAUUUUGAAGGAACAUACCAUCCCCCGGGCACCAAAGAAGGGGCAGAUGCUGAGCAGAGGGUCCCUGAAACAAGGACACAGCCCAAAACUCCACAGCCUCCACCUGUUCCUGCCAAAAAGAGCAGAGAACGUCUUGCCAAUGGCCUCCACCUGGUGCCCGGGGCCCCUGGCGGAACCCCUCCCAGCCCUGAUGCCCCGAGCCUGCCCAUAAAGAAGACUGGCCCCUCUGAUUGCCCAGUACCGGCCGCCCGAUCACCCUCGGGCCUGGAGCCUGGCAGCCCCUCCUGCACCAGGCCACCGCCCUGGCUCUCAGAGCUGCCCGAGAGCGCCAGCCUGCAGGAGCAUGGCGUGAGGCUGGGCGUCCCGCUGAGCAGAAAGGUGUCCUGCGCCCGGGGUGUGGAUCUGGAGAUGCUCACGGAAAGCAAGCUGCACGCCGAGGGCAUCGACCUCACGGAGGAGCCCUACUCCGACAAGCAUGGCCGCUGUGGGAUUCCAGAAGCUCUGGUGCAAAGAUAUGCAGAGGACCUAGAUCAGCCAGAGAGGGACAUCGCCACCAACUUGGACCAGAUCCGUGUGAAGUUACUUCGGAAGCAGCAUCGCAUGGCGAUCCCAAGUGGUGGCCUCACGGAAAUCUGUAGAAAGCCCCUGUCUCCUGGGUGCGUUGCCUCUGUGUCCGACUGGCUCAUUUCCAUUGGCCUGCCCAUGUACACCAGCACCCUCUCUGAUGCGGGGUUCAGCACACUGAGCCAAGUGCCUUCUCUGUCCCACUCUUGCCUUCAGGAGGCCGGCAUCACAGAGGAGCGACACAUAAGGAAGCUUGUAUCUGCAGCCAGACUCUUCAAACUGCCACCAAGCCCCGAAGCCAUGUAGCCAGGCCCAAGCCAGGCUCACGAUGGACCUCCCUGGACAAGAGCCAGCCUUUCACUGUGCUUACGAAGCUGAUGCAAUUCCUCAAUCUCUGGCAGGGCAGCCAGAGCCAGAAGAAGGGCCCCGAGCGUGGCCUACAGAGUGUGAAACCCAGGCACAGGACGAGGACCUUCUCCAGAAAAGCCCCCUGAAGGAAAUUGGUGCAGUUCUCUUUGACCCCCAAAGGCAAGACCAGCACUUAUUUUCAGAACACAGAAGAGCCAAGAUGCUAACUAGCUACAAACACCGUGCCUCCAGUCUGUCUUUGUGAAUUGUCAGAGGGCUGGGUGGAAAGGGCAGGACAGCCUGACCCAUUUCUGGUCCAGUGGGUGCCCAAGCUAGACAGACUUAGCUAGGCCAAAGUAACAGACUCUGGAGUUGUUACUCUACACUAUUGACCAUGCUCAUUUGUUCAGAAGUUAGAACAUCUGGCUGCACCAGGAAAAAGAAAGUCCUAUCUCCUAUAGAUAAACAAAAGACUUUUAAAUAAUUGCUUCCUAGCAAUCAGCUUUUAUUUGCCUUAAUAUGAGCUUCUAAACAUUAUCUAACUAGUGUCCACAACCCUGUAACCCUAGUUCCAAAUCUUCAGCUUAGACUGCCAUCUAAUAUAUCUGGGAUGUUUCCAGCAAAAAUGGGCUUUUCUAAUUGUCUCAUUUUAACAUGGCUUACUUUGUAGGGGUGUUUAUCAGGCAGACAUUUCAUGUUGGGUUUCGGCUUUUAAACUAAUCACACAGAUUUAGUAAAAAGCCGUCUGAAAUUCCCAAGUGUGUGUGUGUGUGUGUGUGUGUGUGUGUGUGUGUGUGUUAACUGCUGCCUUUACUUUUAAUCAGUUUCAUAUUCUGCCACAUUGGUCACUCUGUUGCAGUAUUGACUUGGAAUCCUGACAACAUCCAUUCCAAAAUUCAGUCAUCAGUUCAUGGAUCACCUUUGCAGAGAGUCCAUAAAGUUGAAUAUUUCAGAAAGUUGUUUCUAAAAAAGGGAAGUAGUUUAUGAGAUGCUUUUAAAGGUUUUCUUCUCAGUUUUAUAAUUAAGAUAUCGCUGUUCUUCUUAUUUAGAUAAUUCUUCUAAUUCAAACAAAGGUUCAUUGGAGAGCCAGACAAACCACAUUAGCUAGAUGAUGUUAAGCAUUGCAUGUUUUCAGUUGUUUUUCAACUGAUUUCAGCAUAUCGUAUCCUCUUUUAGUCUGCUGUCAGAUUUUCGAGCAAACAGCAAAUUUAGAUGACUAUUAAGGCUUCUGUUGCUUACACAAUGAUUUUUUUUUCCUUCACGUUCUUAUCAUGAGCACUCUUUGAAGACUCAAAUGUGAUCACGUGUACAAGAAACAUUUUGAACACAAAACUUGGAUCAAAAGUGCUGUAAUAUUUCAUCUACUUAACGAAAACAAAUUAUUUCCCUCAGGGGAAUAGGAAAAGUGAUGUCAUUAACUACAAAGCCACCUUUAACAUAGGCUUUAUCUAUCUGGAUCCAUGUCUCUGAGGAAAAGGACAUUCUCAGGUGAUAUAUUUUUUUCAUGCUUUCAGUAUGCAUUUUUAAAAAAUCAUGUGUGUUUCUUUAAUAACAUUCAUCUCCUAUAAGAGGCCAUGUGAAGAAGUUGUGGAAAUGUAAAAUGUAAAAGGUAAAGCUGCCAAAUUUCUAUUAACUCAUAAGAACAGCUCAUUUUUGUCCUCUCAGACUGUGGAUUAGCCCAUCUGGAAUGUGGGGGAUGCUGCAGGGUCCUCAGAUAGCUACAGCAUUCAAACAAUUUUCCAUGCUGUGAUAGAAGUGGGGCUUUUCUUCUUACUUUUGAAAUACCUCGGCUUCACAUUUUGACAGAUUUUGCUCUCAUCAUUUCAUGUGGGCAAAAAGACCACACAAAAGUCAUGUUAGAGAUUUUAAAAAGGAUGUAUGGGGGGGGGCGACUGUCAUGUGAAUUUCCAAAUUUUGGUUCACUCCCAGUGCAGGACUUUCACUGAAACUAGCACCAGAGGUGUUGAGAAUGCCAAACCAUAUUUUUAUCACUCUUUGGACGUCAUUGCCUUUGCAUGAAAACUUAAAUUCAGGGACCACAAAUAAUUUUUAGUGUGAACGUCUGAUCUAAGGGGGGCUGAGGUUGUUUUUACAUUUAUAGUUCUUUUUUAAUUUUGUUUUUAUAUCUUUCGUGUUUGUUUGGUCUGCUUUUUCUUUAACCUUUUCAUCUGGUCUGAGAAAAGCCUGAAUGUUUGUAUGUGACAUUUGACUGAGGUGGUGUGGGGCUGCCUGUGGAUGUUAGUGGACAGGUGGGAGGCUUUAGCAAUAUCCAGUUUUAAUCAGUUGCAUUUGGUACAGAAUUUUGAGUCACGGUGAAAAUCGUUGUCUUCCUUGGAAAGCACAAAAGAAACCUGGAAAGGCAGUUCAGCUCAGGUAGCUACACGUGAUAUUGUGUAUAAUUUUUACGCCACAGCUUCUGGAAGGAAAUACAGUUUCCCAAAUACUAUUUACAUUCCUAGAUAACCGAGAACAAAUCGUUUUUUGUGGGCUUCCUUUACUCAGAGGCCCUUUUCUCUGUCCUGAACCCAGGUGUGGUUGAAAUUAGAAAUUACUCGUGUUAAAAAUCAGUUCCUGACAUAGCCAAGUUUGCUUUUAUAACUGCAGCAAAAGAGAUCAACCCCCAAGUCACUGCUACGUGUGCAUACUACAUUAAAAAAAAGUAAUCGUCUUGAGUCCAAGUUAUCUUGAUUUUAAAUUAAUAGAGAAAACUGUCAAGCAAGUUAUAUAGCAACUAACAACAUUGCACUUUCUGUAUAUGAAAUCAAUAUUUAAAUAACUUAUUUUUCUCCAUUGCUGUUCUUAAACAUUGUAAGUAGCUGUAAUAUACCAGUACCAAUAUGUUCUUGCAAUUGCUUCAGCCCAAGAAAGCUGUGUAUUGUUUUAAAAAUUGUAAAAAUUAUUGUGACGAUUCAUUUAGCAAAAAGAAAGGUGGACAGAAGGGUUUUCCUAUGUAUCAGAACUUGUCUAUAAUUAUGUCAUCUAUGUACCUAGAAAAAAAAAGUAAAUAAAUUUCUUCAGUUGAAUCUUC